CGGACGUCAGGCAGCUGGAGCAGAAGGAGCGGCCGCAGUUCUUACAGCCCAGCUGGGUGAAGAGCACAAGAGAUCCUGUUUUCAUUUUCACGAUGGCAGAAGGAGGAGAUGUGGAGUGGGAGCUGAGCAAAGAAAACAUCCAGCCCCUGCGGCGUGGCAGAACCAUAUCAGCCUUACACCAAGCCCUGAGUCAACAGCAGGAUGGACUCAGCUUGGCCAUCAACCAACAGAGACAGGCGUUUGAGGCUGAACUGCGGAUGUAUGAAGGAGAUGAUCCGCUUGAUGUUUACGAUCGGUAUAUAAAGUGGACAGAGCAAACCUUCCCUCAGGGUGGAAAGGAGAGCAACCUCGCCACACUGUUGGAAGGGGUCGUGACCAAAUUCACAGAUGAAAAUAAAUAUCACAAUGACCCUCGAUAUGUUGACAUCUGGAUCAAAUUUGCAGAGAACUGCACAGAACCACUGGACACUUACCGCUACAUGCAGGCGCAGGGAAUAGGACUGACUCAGCCAUCCUUCUACAUUGCUUGGUCUGAGGAGUAUGAGAAUCAAGGCAAUUGUCUCAAAGCAGAUCUGGUCUACAAGGAGGGUUUCAAGAAAUGUGCUGAGCCGCAUGAUAAGCUUCUACAGUUUCACAAGGCUCUGCAGGCACGUGUGUCCCGACAGGUGAUGAUGAAUGUUGAGGACGGGGAAAGUGAUGAUGAGCCCAAAGAACCUGAGAGAGUUUCUCUGGUCGACCUCAAACAUCGAGGGAAGAAAAAAGCCACUGCCCCCAUCAACAGAACUGGGGCUGCAAUCAGAAAUAUUUCUGGAGGCUUGCGGUCACAUGGCGCCCCAGUUUUGGGCAAUGCUUCAAACAGCCGCAUGGUUAUCUUUGAUGAAAAUAAGACUCAAAGUGCUGGUCCAUCAGAGCCUAGACACGAGUCCUGGAUGGCUCCUCCCACUUCAAAGGCAAAGGAAAAUGAGCAGAGACCAGAAAGAUGGUGUGAUGUCAAGAUGCCCCAGAAGUCCAAAUAUGGACACACUCUUAUGGCUCCACCGCCUCCCAAACCCACCUUCCAACCCUUUGUGGAGGAGUCAGACCAGCCUCCAACAAUGACUCCGUGUAAGAUCAAUCCAGUGGUGAACACGGUUUUAUCAGCACGUAAGCCGUGCAAAGAAGAAACUCCUCUAAAGAGGCUCCAGGAGCACCAUCAGCAGCUGAGAGAGGCAGAGACGGGAAAGCCACAGGAGCAGAGCAUGUACUGUAAAGAGCUGCUGCUCAGCGGCGCCACUGAAUUCUGCUUUGAGGAACUGCGUGCUGAACGCUACUUCAAAAAGAUGGCGCAUGAAUCGCAGGAGGUCAGAGGUCAAACGGAUCAAGCUAAUGCUGGGGCCACAAACUGAAGCAUCUACAGAGACUCACCAUUCGAUUGGUCCAUUUUUCACGGAAUUUCCUUCAUCUUGACUUUGUCUGUAGCUAUCAUGUGAUAACGCUUUUGCAUUUUGUGUGAUCCUGUUGUACAUAUUUUGUGGAUAAGAGCUCCAGUUUCUCAGAAUAGUAAAAAGAUAAAAGGGUUUAAGAUGUGUAGAAACCUUUCAAGCUGAAGAUGCUAUUUUGGUUGGGUAGGAUUCAUUAAAUAUAGAACAGGAAGACAAGGAAAUGGAAACUCCUGUACGGUCUGAUCUGCAGCAACACUACUGAGUGUACGUGAGAAAACACUUCACGAUUUCAACAAACAAAAUCUGCUUCACAGUAGUUACAUGGAGCAGUAUAGAAUUGUAUUUUAUUGUGUCUAGCUGUGCUGCAGAAACACUACUCAGUUGUUCCUAAUUUGUCUCUUAGUCCAUUUAUCCUUUUUUUUUGCUGAGGCAUUGUUAAGAACAUUGCCUUUUAUAAAUACUGCCUUUUAAAGUUGUAGUUUUUGGUUUGAGCAGAUUCUCAGCUCAGUACCACCACAUUACAAAGAUUUGAGCUGAUUCAGCUGAGCUUCAUGUCUCAACGUUCAAUAAACAUGUUACAAUGUC